AAUAGGCUUAGACAGCCUGCGCGCUUAGGGAGGCCAAGGCCUAAAGUUUACUAGUUUGGCUUAGCUAAUUGCAGCUGAAUACUCAUCUAAUGUACCCUCCUCAUACGAGUCCUUGUCCCUUUCCAGUCUCAUUUCUUAAUAUGUAGGUAAACUUCUUCCCCUGUCCAACACUUUUUCUAUCCACUCGCUUUCUCAUUUUUCUCGCUUCCCAACCACCAACUGCUAUUCCUUGCUAGUCGUAAUUCGUUCGGCAUACAUAAUAGGAGAACACAGGCCUGUUCCCGUUCCCUCGUUUAUCACAAGUGACCAAACACAUCGAUCGCUACUGUAUACACGCUUUCACUCUCGUAUACAAGGCGUAACACACCCACAUCUAUACCCUUUGAAAGGCAGUAGACAUCGGAGAACCAAUACAAUCAAAGACAAUCGGGGAACACGAUUGACUCGUCCACCAAUUUGUCUCGGUCACAUAAUAGCAACCGGACGGGAAAAAAGUCAUUGACUCGUAUCAUUCAGGGUAAAGGAUAACUUGAGGUACGGUGAUUGGGAACUUUCUAAAUCAUCACAAUGCCGAGUAUAUUCGAGAAAAUACAAGCCAAGAUCGAGCUGUUCCGGCUCGAGCAGCGAUAUACGCGUAACCGACACCGUCGCUCCGCAUUCAUCAGCAAUGCCAUCUACGUCGACGGCGAGUACGUCUACCAAACCCCCAACAACACCGGCUCGUCUACCAACAGCUCAUCUACAACCGCAUCGUCGCCGAUGGAAGAGACCAGUAGACGUCGUAGCGUGGCGAUCGAGGAGCCUAGCAGGCACUUUACGGAGCCAACCCCGCAACAAAAGAAGCGAUUGAACCGAUUCUCAUCGAUGCCAGGAUUCGGCUCUUCGACAAAGAGCAGCAACUCCCGGGAUUGGAGGACCAGCACUUUCGACGUAAAUGAGGUGCGCUGAGCAUCAAUAUCCCAUGGCAAUGGCCCAUCGAGGAAAACGUAAAACGAAACAAACAAUUCUAGGCUGGUGUACAUGGCUUGUUUUGGGGACUUCUGGAUAUACCACUUUGACGAGAGAUUUCAACUCUCUCCGUUCGCCUUCACGGGCUCUUACGACAAUCGUUCGGGUCGUUCUUUGUGUCGUUAUCAAAUCAUAAAAACACGAUGGUGCAUGGUCCCAAUCGUGCGGAAACCCUUUGGGAUGUGGCGCUCCGGUAUGAUUUUUCGACUGUAUAUAUUAUUUCUCUCAUGACACAGGAAGAAAUCGAACGUUAUUCUGAAGCAUUCUACCUGGACUUGAGGUCUCGUGACCCAAGCACUCGCAUACGUAUUUUAGUUAUGUACAGUAUAAGACCAGCAAUAUUCUACAUGCCACU